GUCGUGUUUCACUCCCUCAUCCGCUCUUUCUUUUUCUCUUUCAUCUUCACAGCUUUUUUUUCACCUUCUUGCGUGAUAAUCUCAUGCCGGAUGUUGGAGCAAGCGCUACUUUGGUCCUGCCCGCCUGACGCCACAUGGUCUAGCGGCGAGCUUUCACAAGACGCAAAGUGUGUUAAAGCAAAACCUCCAAGAUUCAAGAACGCAACAAGACAACAUAAUGGAACGAUACAAUAUAACUGCUGCCCUUGAUGGGCGUCGCUCGCGGCGUGGACGGCACAGUGGACAGGACCUGGGUCCGCCCGAUCCUCUUCAAGUGCGUCUGCUGGCCACAUUCGCCGGGGCUCUCGGGUGUUCGAUACCUCUCCGCCCUGUUCACCUCCUCAGCACCUCCUCGGUUCGGGCACGAGAUGAGAGGGGCAUCGGUGGUCGCUGA